CCAAAUCCCUUUCCAUCCUCCGCACCGUACGACCGCAACAACCUCCCCUUUUUCCGCCGGCGAGCGACCGAUCCGGCGGACGGACCAUGGCCGCGCUCGUCGGCGACGUCGCCUACUGGCUGGCGGAGCACCCGGACAUCGUCGGCUUCCGCUGGAGCCCCUCGGGCCUCUGGUUCUCCACCUGGGCCUUCCUCCUCGGCUUCCUCGCCACCUACGUGUCCCUCUGCCUCGCCGCCGACGCGCUCCUCCGCCGCCGGAAGCCGCUCCCUCUCGGGCCCCUCCCCCCCGCGCACGCGCUCCUCAUGGCCGCCGUCUCGGCCACCAUCUUCGCCGGCACGCUGCUGUCGGCGGUGGCGGAGAUUCGGGACACGCGCUGGUCGUGGCGGGGCCGGAGCCGGACGACGCCGCUCCGGUGGCUCCUCUGCUUCCCGCCGGGGACCCGCUCGUCCGGCCGCGUCUUCUUCUGGUCCUACGCCUACUACCUCUCCCGGUACCUCCACGCGGCCCGGGGCGCGUUCGCGGUGGUCAGGCGCCGGCGCGGGGCGGCCGCCCGGGUGUUCGCGCACGCCGCGUCCGUGGCCAUGGCCUUCCUGUGGCUCGAGUUCUCGCAGUCGUUCCAGGUGCUGGCCAUCCUCGCCUCCACGCUCGCCCACGCCGUCGCCUUCGGGUUCCGCUUCUGGGUCGACAGCGCGGGGCUCCCGGCGGCGCGCGCCGCCCGGAGCGGGUCGGCGCCCGUGGCGCUGGGGUGCCAGCUCGGGCUGCUGGGGUGCAACCUGGUGUGCCACGCGGGGGUGGUGUGGAUGCACUUCGGGGGCGCGAUGGCCGGCGGGUGCAGCGGCAUCGGGGCCUGGGUGGUCAACACGCUGCUCAACGCCGCGCUGCUCUGGGUGUUCCUGCACUGCUACGGCACGCGCGGCGUCUGCGACGACGACGGGGGCGCCGCCGCCGCCGCCGCCGCCUUGAAGAAGAAGAAGAAGAAGAAGGAGAUGUGAGAGCGGCGUGAGGUGAUCCCCUCCGACCAUUGUAAUAUACUACUACUACUGUAGUACAAUCCAUUGGUGCACUGUACAUAUAGGUAGAGGCCGGCAUUGGCAUCGGCGUUCGGCAUCUGGCAUCCCAAUGAGAUGAGAUGAGGAGGUGGCUGCUGCUGCUGCUAUAAACCAAAGCAAAAAAACAAAAUUCAAUUUUAUUUAUAGAGAUCGGUAUACAUACAUAGAUAGAUAGAUACAUACAUACACAUAUGCGCGCGUGGGGUGGACGAUUGGUUCGAACCCCUGCUGCUGCUGAUUAGCUUGCUAUACUCUGUUCGUGUGUUCAUUGCAA